AAGACCCUCUUCAAUACAUGGAUUAAAAUUUACAUAAAAUCCAAUUUGGCUUGGGAGCACUUAAAUUAAGGCCUACAAAUAAAUUUCUUUUAGGGCAUAUGAAAUUUUCUAUUUUGCACACCAGAAUAGGAAUCAGAAAUCUCAUGUCAGGAAUUGACACAUAAUCUGAAAUUCAUGUCAAAGUUCCAAUGAGCAGUUUGGGAUAUGUUUCUCAAUUUCCUCUUAUUUUUCCCAGUAUUUUUAAAAUAACUUGAAACUUAUCCAAACCACAACUUCUUCUUCAAGAUACAGUUUUUACCAGAAGUCCCUUAGCCUCAUAAGAGUGUUUAGCAGUUUGUCUCUGAGCUCUGAUCUCUUUGACUGAAGCAGAGCUCUGGUGACAUCUUCAGAGCAAGUGGAAAAAAAGAGCCUCCUGAAUCUUCUGAAUACAGAAGAUAAUGGUACGAGAAGGGCAACCUCAAGAUAGAGAGAAAGCAGUGUGGCGGUCCCAAGUAAGAUUCUGGUCUGUUGCUGUGAUUUCCAUAGCACUCCUCAGUGCUUGUUUCAUUGUGAGCUGUGUGGUGACUUAUCAUCUUACAUAUGGCAAAACUGGCCAAAGGCUGUCUGAACUACACACACACCACUCAAGUUUAACCUGCUUCAGUGAAGGGACAAGCAUGAGAGGGAAUGUCUGGGCAUGUUGCCCAUGUGCUUGGAAGUCAUUUGGUUCCAGCUGCUACUUCAUUUCUACUGAGCAGAACUUUUGGUCAAAGAGUGAACAGAACUGUGUUGCAAUGGGUGCUCACUUGGUGGUGAUCAACACAGAAGCAGAGCAGAAUUUCCUUGUCCAGCAACUGAAUGAAUCAUUGUCUUAUUUUCUGGGACUCUCAGAUACACAAGGGAAUGACAAUUGGCAAUGGAUUGAUCAGACACCUUACAAGGAAAAUGUCAGAUUAUGGCACCAGAAUGAGCCCAAUUUUUCUGCAGAGGAAUGUGCUUCAAUAGUUUUCUGGGAAAACAGAGGAUGGGGCUGGAAUGAUGUUUUCUGUGAUACUAAGAGAAACUCAAUAUGUGAGAUGAAGAAGAUUUAUCUCUGAGUGGAACUUUAUUCACUGACACCUUUGAAGUUAAGACCUAUCAUAAAAUGAUAAUUUCCUCUUA